ACGACGCAAAUCCAACUGACUCUAUUGUAGGGCGAUGGAUGACGUAAAAUUCCUACGUAAAUGACGCAGUGGUGAUUCGGUGUUUGAUCCGCAGCUGCGGAAUAGGGAAUGGGAAUAGAAACGACGUAUAUUUUCAGGGGUAAAAAAUUGUUCUGUCGGCUGGUAUUACAACAACCAAUUUCUUGGGACCAGCUACUUGAAGUAGUCUGAUUGGGUUCGGGAGUUGUCCGGUUGGUUGUCACAUGAUACAAUAUAAAAAGAUUGUGUAGCGAUUUAUUUGUUCAACUUCACUCUCUGUCAGUGAGAAACAUUGUAUGGAUGAACCUCCCGGCUCUCCUACAUGGCGUGAAGAGACAUCGGUCAGCGGAUAUCCUACAUAUCGACGACGUGUUGCAAUUGAUCGAUUAAUUAAGACCUUGAAUUCCAAGGCAGAGUAAAUGGAGCGCGUGUCUGCACUGUUUUGACUGUAGGUUAGGGUAUGAUCCAGCUGCGACCCUUAUCUGAUUGCCUGGCCCGGAUUCCAGUGGAACCUGUCACUUGAAAUACCUUGGUUGGAUUCAUAGGGAGGUACGUGUGUGUUCUGCCAGCCACGGUUCAGCGCAAUAUUGUCGCUGCGGAGUUUUACAGGGUUUAUCCCCGGCAGAGCACUGGUCCAGGUCCGCGUGGAGGAGAGCUCGAGGUGGACAAGAGUAUGAUGGGAGAACGAACAGAACCGAUGCAGUGGGUCUUGGCAAGGCAUCGUCACAAUACAGGGCAGUGAUGCCUGGUAUGGUGAUGUUUCGGCGGCGCUGGUCAGUUGGCAGUGAUGACCUAGUGCUGCCCGCCCUCUUCCUCUUUCUACUGCACUGCAUCUGGCUGGUGGUUCUGUCUGUGGUUCUGUUCGGCCUGCCCUAUGGCUCGGACCAGUCCUGCUCGGUCACCCUAGUGGACCAUGGCCGGGGGUACCUGGGCAUCUUGGUCAGCUGCCUGAUCUGUGAGAGCGCUAUCAUAUGGCUCAGUAUGAGAGGCAGCAUCCUCUACACACAACCCAGAGAAGCUGUGCAAUAUGUCAUCUACAUACGACUAGCCAUCUUGUUGGUGGAGUUGGUAUAUGCAGUGGUGGGGAUCGCCUGGCUUUUCCAAUACUACCAACCGUGCUCUGAUGUCACUGCCAAGAACCUUGCUUUGGGGAUUGUGGUGUGCAAUUGGCUGGUGAUCUUCAGCGUGUGCUUCACCCUCAUGUGUACCUUUGACCCCACGGGACGCACAUUUGUCAAACUGAAAGCCACCCGGCGACGCCAACGCAACCUCACCACCUACACCCUCAGACACCGGCUAGAGGAGGGCCAAGCCAGCAGCUGGAGCAGGAGACUAAAGUUCUUCAUGUGCUGCACCCGAGCCCAGGACACACAGUCUGAUGCGUAUUCCGAGGUGGCCAGCCUGUUUGCAGAGUUCUUCAGAGACCUGGACAUUGUGCCUAGUGACAUCAUAGCUGGCCUGGUGCUGCUUCGCCAGAGACAGAGGUCUAACAGAGGUGCCAUCCUGGACCAGGCCAACAAUGACAUUUUAGCCUUCUUAUCUGGAAUGCCUGUAACUCGCAACACCAAAUACCUGGACCUUAAGAACUCGACGGAGAUGGGCAUGUACAAGGAGGUGUGUUACUACAUGCUGUUUGCCCUGGCAGCGUAUGGCUGGCCCAUGUACCUGAUGAGGAAGCCUGCGUGUGGGCUGUGCCGCCUGGUCAGCUCCUGCCACUGUACAUCAGGGUCUGGCUCUAGGCUGUCCCAGACAGUGACAGUGGAGGAGGAUAACUGUUGUGGCUGUAACGUCCUGGCUAUCCGCCGCCACUUCCUGGACAGAGAGCUGAAGCAGGUCCACGUUGUCUACACAUCCUGGCAUGACGCGGUUUACGAGACACCUUUCUUUGUGGCUGUGGAUCAUGGGAAAAAGAAAGUUGUCAUCAGCAUUCGAGGAACCCUGUCCCCCAAAGAUGCCCUGACUGAUCUCACAGGGGACUCUGAGCGUCUGCCAGUGGAGGAGCAGCAUGGAAACUGGCUGGGCCACAAGGGGAUGGUUUACUCAGCAGAGUACAUUAAGAAGAAACUGGAGCAGGAAAUGAUCUUGUCACAAGCCUUUGGAAGAGAUUUGGGUAAGGGAACCAUGCACUACGGGCUGGUGAUAGUGGGACACUCCCUUGGUGCUGGUACUGCAGCCAUCCUGUCCUUCCUGCUCCGCCCCCAGUACCCCACACUGCAGUGCUACUCCUACUCUCCACCAGGUGGCCUUCUGAGUGAGGAUGCCAUGGAGUACUCCAAAGAGUUUGUCACUUCUGUCGUUUUGGGAAAGGACCUUGUCCCAAGGAUUGGUCUCUCUCAGUUGGAGGGGUUUCGGCGCCACCUGCUGGAAGUCUUACAGAAGAGCGACAAGCCAAAGUGGAGGAUCAUUGCAGGGGGAACUAAGUGCAUUCCUAAGUCCGAGCUGCCUGUGGACGACGGCCCCCAGCCCCAGACAGCCCCCGUGCCCCCCAGCACCCGUCUCUGGCUGCAUCCCAGUGAUCUCAGCAUCGCCCUGUCAGCCUCCACCCCCCUCUACCCCCCGGGCAAGGUCAUCCACGUGGUCCACAACCACCCCUCAGAGACAUGCUGUGGACAGGAGGAGCCCACCUACUCAGCUCUCUGGGGGGAUAACAAGUCUUUCAACGAGGUCAUCAUCUCCCCUGCCAUGCUAAACGAGCACAUGCCUCACAUGGUGAUGGAGGGACUCAACAAGGUGCUGGAGAACUAUAACAAAGGGAAGACAGCCCUGCUGUCGGCUGCUAAGGUAAUGGUGAGCCCAACCGAGGUGGACCUGAACCCAGAGACCAUCUUCAUGGCAGCCGCCCCGCCUCCUGCCACCCAACAACCCACCCCAACCACCCAACACCGCAGGAACAGCAGUGUUCGUUCCUGUGCUCGCUCUGAGAUAUCACUGGAUGGCUUUGCGGAGUGCCCCCCUCCCCCAGUGUCAGUGGUUCUGCAGGGGGCCAGGGAGCGCCUUACUGUGGAGCUGAGGGACCGCCACGCCCCCUUGGCCGUGAUGGAGAGCCUGUCAGAUGCAGAGUCCCUCUACAGCCUGGACUCCCGACGCUCCUCAGCUGCACUCAGGGGCUCACCCAUGCUGGGGUGCCUCCCCUUCCAACUGAAUGCACCUAUCCCUGAGGAGAACCCCUCUCUCAGCUCCCGCACUGAGCUGCUGGCUGCCGACUGCCUCUACCAGGCCACCCCAGAGCACGAGCUGGGAGAGGCAGGACCUUACUUCACUCCUCUGGGAUCUGGCUCCACCCCAGACUACCCCAUGCGCCUUUCCCCUUCCACCCCGCGCUAUAGUGGCCACCACUCUCCAGCACCACUGGCCCAGAGUGUCAUAGGUCAGCCUUUCACACAAAAAGAGCCUUGUGCCACCCCUUGCCAUCAAAUGCCUGGCAUUUACAGCCCAGGCAGCACCCCUAACGCUCCCCUCAACCCACGGAUCAGCCAUGGGGAGGAGGAGGGAGUAGAGGCAGAAGGGUGGGAGACAGGAGAGUCACAGCCGCCCUCCAGUCCUCAAGCCCAGCUGUCCAACGGCAACCCUAGUCAGGCAGUGCUGGAGUUUGCACAGUACCUGGACUCUCUCUUUAGGCUGGAUGGCAGUGGCUCACCACCUCUGGAGUUGUCUGACGGGGAGUCUGAGUCCGGUCGGGGGUCGUAUGGUCAGGGAGAGGGGCCAGGGGAAGGACAGAGGGGGGACGAUACACAGCUUCUGGCUCGGGCCACAAUUGAGCCUAACCUGGUCCCCAAGCCCCCGCGUACCUUUGCUGGAUCUGCUGACCCUUCCUCUGGCAUCUCCCUCUCACCCUCAUUCCCCCUCUCUUCCUCUGGUGAGCUCAAUGACCUCUCUCCCGCCGACGGAGCACCUCCUCCCACUCACUCACUACGAACCUCCACUCCCUGUCCCUACCCUGAAGAAAACACACUGGCGUCUAUGGUAUAGUGGCCCACUCAGUCCCUCCAUGACUCUUUCUCUCUCCUCUUUCCUUAUUCCGUUGCUGCAUCUAUCUGAUGUUAAAGUAUCACUGAACAUGCAUGCGAUGGAAUGCAAUCUGCUAUACUGUUACAGCACCUUACAAAGACAUGACAUGGCAGACCAUAAUGAAUAAGACUGAGAUGAAAAACUCUUGUUCCAUUUUCAGGUGUCAAAAGCUGUGUAAAGCAUUUUCACUACUAUUGUAAUAAUACAUUUUAAUCUCUGUCUGCAUGCCAGGGGCCUGUUGUGCUUUGGGGUGAAUAGCCUCACCACUGACUGUCAUUCCAACACACACUAUCUCACAUCAACACAUGGUAGCAUACAGCCCUGCAGUGACGUGACUUUAUCAAAUGGGAGACAACUGAACAGGGACAGGGAGGAGUUAGACACUAGGUGGCACAACUCACCUUCCUCCCUCAUCAGUGCCUAAAGCUUAUUCAUCUUUAAUAUCAGGAAAGUAAAAAAAACGGAGACAGAUGCUGAACAAUAGAGAGGAGAGAGAGAGAAGACGUUGUGGUUUUGUUUCUCAGGUCUAUCAGGAAAUGACCGUGUGGAAGAGAAGGAGUGUAGAUCAUAGAGAAUUGAUGGGUCUUAAAACAGUGAUUGUGACAAAUGUUAAGAAUGUGGUUUUUGGUCUUUGGUUGUCUUUUAUAGCAUGAGGAAUGUAGUAUUCAUGUAUUUUUUUAAACAGAACUCACUUGUCAGUCAGUAACUCUUACUAACAUACAGACCAUCUCACACACAUCAAAAUGCACAAUUUGCCCCCUUUUUGCCCAAAAGUGUAUUGCCAAAUGUAUUUAUAAAGUGUGAUAUUGUUUGUUUGUGAAAUACUGCAAAAUGUACACUUUCACAAAACAAAGAUACAGGUUUCAAGUUUAACUCUGAGAGGGAGAAGAUACAUUUUGGUAUCGCUCCCUUUUAAUAGCCAAUCAGUCUAUUCCCGUUCAAACGGUGUUAAUACACCCUGGAGAGGAUGAGGAAGCUAUCCCAACACCACUGCCAUGGCACAUAUCUCCCAAAACAUGUCUCUCUCCAAGUGUUUGUACCAAGCCAAUUAUGCUAUAAAAAAACAUGAGAUGCACUGUAGGAGAUUGUUCCUCUUAAAGGGGUCUUGCUGUGGUACACAAUUAUGUCAAUGACUUCUAAGUCUUUGGUUCCCUUUAAACUGGUUCGUCUCAAGCAUAUCGAGGUUGAACUGUACGGGUUGUAGUGGCCACUUUCACUACAUUUGACAAACAUAUUUCAUAUCAGUUGUAUUGGUUGGAUCAAACAUACUACAUUAUUUAUAGCUGUUGUUUCUUACUCUUAUUGAUGGUAUUAUUAUCCUUAUUAUUACUCUUGUAACAGUGUGGUUUUCUUUCUAUGAGUUCUGCUUUCAGUUGCUGGGAAAAGCUGGUGCAUUUCAGCCGACUCUCAAAAUAAGGAUAUAUCUCUGUGGGAAAAUAACUCUGUCCAAGUGAAAAAGUACUGGGUGUGAACCUCACAGGAGGUUGGUGCCACCUUAAUUGGGGUAAUAGCUGGAGCGGAAUUCGUGGAAAGGUAUCAAACACAUGGUUUCUAUGUGUUUGAUUCCAUUCGCUCUGUUCCAGCCAUUAUUAUGAGCCGUUCUCCCCUCAGCAGCCUAUCAGCACCACCAUAGGAAGAUGCCACAUUCCCUUUUCACCAUAACAUGUACAGCAGUGUCUUAUUUGUCAUUCUUUAAAUGCAGAUGUCUUGUUUCCUGUCUUUGUUUUUGUUUUUUAUAAAAAAAGAUGAAAUGAAAAUAGAAUAACAUAGAAAAUGACUAUGAUAACAGGUAUAUUACAAAUCUAUAUCAAUAUUGACAUAUAUAGAAAAAGUACAAAUGUAUGCAGGGAAAAAGGAAUCUAUUUAGUGAGAAAGAUCUAUAUGACUGAUUAUUGGCAGAAUUGAUUACUCAUUUUUCUGUGUUGACAGAUAAUUGAAUUUUUUAUGUCUUGUCCAUGUUUACCUGGUUUGCUACUCUUCUCUUCCUGUCCCAGAUUGAGAAUGUAUUUAACCCCCGCCACCUCUCACUGCCCUGCCUGUAAUGGAAUAAAGCAAAACCAAUUUAAGGAAAA